AAGUCAUGUACAUGUAACUCUAAAAAUCCAGUUUAGAGUUCGAUUUCAUCACUUAGCACAACAAUGAAACUAUCUGUGUUUUUCUUACUUUCAUAUUUAACUGUUUUUCAUGCAGUUUCUGUGGAGUCGGGUGUCAUUUUUGACAAAAUAAAAUCUGGCGUUAGUAACACUCGAAAAUCGAUCGGAUGCGGUAUUCAAAAAUUUGGGGGUGUUAUAGGACACAACAGUGUUAACUGUGGGAACAACGGAGACGAACAAAGCAAUACAGUUGAAUCACAUGAAGAAACAGAGGAGAAACAUGUAGUGGAUCAAACUACAAAGGCUAAUAAGGUGGAGGAAAAGAAAACGACUGAAGUGCCACAAUCCAGUAAAGUGGAUACACAUGAUGAGAAUGUCGAGGAAAAGAGCGAAGAAACUCAUUCAACGAAAGCGGUAGAUGAAAAGACCACAGAAAAAUCAAAACCUGAAGUUGUUACUGUUUCUGAUGGAAGAAGGCUUAUUGGUGCACGCCCGAAUUGUCCUGAAGGUGAAAAACCAGAUGGAGCGGGUGGUUGCAGGCAAGAGUACUGAGUUCCUUUUUAUUUUGUUUUUAUUUUAAAGGGUAAAUAUAUCGUUAUCAGAAAACAAAUUUUAAACAAGGAAAAAUUCUACAUAAUAAUUACUUAAUUAAAUAAAUACUUGUAAAUUGUGAUUAUUAUUUGACCACAAAA